UAAAAAAAAUCGGCAAAAUAAUAAAUUAAGAUAAUUUGUUGCUAAAAAAACAAAUAUUUUAAUAUUUCAAAUACUUUUAAUUGCACAAAUAAUUAAAAAAAAAUACAUAUUAAUUAGUGGCAUGAGGCAAGUGUAAACUGUUGUAACUUUUGUCAAGCACAACAAUAUUGUAACAUUCGCAAUAAGAAAUUUUUCCUGAAAACACCAGAGGAAAAAUUCAAUAAAUAAAAAAGUGUCAAAACGUAGAAAAAAACAAUAAAUAAAAAAGGGAAAAUAUUGUAAUUUGUUGAUGAUAUAGAAAACGAAAUAGUGAAAAUAUUUAUUAAAUUUGUUUCAUUUUGCGUUGCGUUAAAAUGUUUUAAGAAUAAAAUUUUGUAAUUAGAAUAGACAAGAAAUUGUUUAUUGCCAAUUUGCUAUGAAUGCGAUUAGUGUGUAUGUAAACACUGCUAAAUUGGUGCUCCAAACGACGGAGGCCACUACUGCCGCAACUGCUGGACCAAAUACGGAAUUAUCACGCCAGCUAUUGAGUCUAAGACAAUUAUUGUCUUGUGUGGUGUGCAAUCGAUUGGUCAAUGAUCCAUUUGUGCCUCAAAAUGGCCAUUGUGCCCAUAAUGUUUGUCGUUUGUGUGUGCGCGGCCAGAAAUUGCUUCAUCCCGACUGCAGCUAUUGUAAGGACAAUCGGGAUUUUAAGACCUACAAUGAAAACAAACAAAUGCGCUGUCUAAUGAUGUGCUACAAAAGUUUAUGCGAGCAUUUACGCUGCAGCGCGGUUUUUAGCCAUUUUGCGGGACACAAAGUGGUACAAUACAAUACUUCGACGGUGCCCACGGUUAUGGUGCCGCAAAUGUCUCUACAAGAGUUAAUUGUUGAAGGAGCGAAUUACGAUGAUAUUUUAAAUGCUUUCAACAGUGAUUUACCUAAACCUAUGAUAGUACCCCUGCCUAAACCUAUGCACAUGCCUGCCCUAGUUACUCCCUUAACAUCGAUAGCAGCUGCAACACCACUGGCCCCCAUACAACAGACCAUUAAAGUUGCUAGCAUGCAGCAGACGGCUCCUAAAGCCUCUACACCACCUACUAGUGUAACUGCUGCCAUUUCUAUACCCGUUUCAACAUAUACUCCUAAACUAAAGGUCGAAAAUACUACACAUCAUCAUUUUAAACAUCAUACUUCGGUGACAAACCCAACAGCAAGCCUUUCGAAUACUCCAAGAUCCCAGCAAGACCAACAAACUCCGCCAAACACGGCCGUAACGCAUUCACAAUUAAUCCAACUGAAUCAAUUAAAAAAUUCCGGCAAUAUCACUUAUUUUGGACCAAAUACCAGAGGAAUCGUGGUACCGAUUGUUUCCUCCUCAGGAUCCACAGCUGUGCCACUAUCCAUAGCAUCGGCACGUCUUCAAACACUUAACCGUCAAUUAGCUCAAGCCAGAGCUUUAGCUGUUUCCUCCGCAUCCGCCACAGCUGUUAAUACAACGGUAUCAACUGUAAAUACCACCAGCAGCUGUAUAGAACCAAGAACUCCUCUGGCAACUUUUAAAACAUCCAUGGCUUCAUCACAAACUAUGAAAUCAACUCUAACCACAUACAGUUCUACACCCACCUCAACUGCGGCAACAAGUGUAACAACAUCCUCACAGAUAAGAAAUCCUCCUCCCAUUAAAACAGUAUCAAAUGGUUCUGCCAUGUAUUCUGUACUCUAUACUGGUAUUGGCAAUAAAAUAACAAUCAAAAGAAAAACCGAUGGCGAUGAGGAUACGACGCAAAAGAAAAAUUCAACAAUGUCCACACCAAAUACCAAUCUCCUAAGACCAGUGUCAAAGACACAAAACAAAAAACGCGGCUGCCGUUGUGGCAAUACAACAGCUACACCUGGAAAGCUUACUUGCUGCGGUCAACGCUGUCCCUGUUAUGUAGACUCAAAAUCUUGCAUUGGUUGCAAAUGUCGCGGUUGCCGCAAUCCACAUCGACCUGAUGGCAAUAAAGUACGACCCAUCAUACCCGAAUUGGCUUGUUAUGAAAUACAAAUGGCCGAUGAUAAUGGUAAUGUUAAUGAACUACCCAUAGCAACCUCGUCAAAUGUUUUAAACACCCUAAGUGCUGCAGACAACAAUGCAUCCGCAAAUCUUACAACUAAUUUAAAUUUGAAUUCAACUACCUCGUCAACAGCAACAGCUGCAGUAGCAUCAACAUCUACCACAGCUACCUUAAUGCCCAUUAGAGGUUUACAUCAUACGGUCAGCAAUAGUUGUGUAACAACCUCAACCAUUCCUCCCUUAACAUCUACCACAUUGCCAACACAAACAUCUAGUAUGACGCAGGCGUCAUUUGGAGCUUCGCUGGCAUCAUCGGCAACUGUACAAACGACUGCUGCCUCGACCAUGUCAUCAAAUAUUACAGCUCCUGGCAGUAUUGUGCAAUUAGAUCAAAUACAGCGAGAAUCGUUAUUAAUACAAAAUGCUGAGGGCAAAUUUCAAGUUGUCAGUGUAUUUACAACAGGUAAUAAUGUUGGAGGAAGCACAAGUUGUAGCGGACAGUCAUCUAGCCAAUUACCCACUUUGCAAAGAAUCAAAACAAUGCCUCAAACCAUAGUCUCAGCUCACAAUAGUUUUGUACUGCCUUCGUCUAUUAGCAGUACAACAAUGUCGGGAACCACUACAACAACUUCUUUGCCCCAACUUAUUUUACAAUCUCAACAACAGCAGCAGCAACAACAACAACACCAACAAAACCAACACAUACUUCAACAGCAGCAACAACAUCACCAACAGCAACAACAGCAUCAUCAACAGCAACAACUAAAUCAUCAGUCGUUAACAACCCAAAGAAUUUCCAAUAAUUUAAACACCGCCACCUCCUCCUUACCCUUACAAUUACAACAACAACUCAAACAGAAUAUAAUCACCGUACAUGCAAUACACACUAAUCCCUCUACAAAUACAUCACCAGUAACAGCACCCGUACUAACGCCUUCAUCCUCACCAGCUCCCACAUCUGCUACCAUAUCGUUACCUCCCUUGAUCGCUAAUAAUCCUAAUCAUACUAAUCUGGAAAUAAAUGAAACAACAACAGAUGUCAGUCGUAAUACAACUUUUACCAAUAUUAUUGUAUCUUCUUCCUCUUCGCCGUGUGAAAAUAUAACAACAUCAUCGACAUCUAUAACAUCGAUGCCUAUAACAGUAUCUUUGUCUCAUACUCAACAACCAUUAAAUAGGAAGUCAUUAAAUUCACCAAAUUUUUAAGAAGACCCACUAAAUAGCUGAUAUUUUUAUCUGUGCAUUAAACAUACUCGAAAGGUAAACAUAUAACAAAAUUUAGUUAAUUUAUUUAUUUAAGUUAGCAAUUGUGGCUUACAUAUUAUUUGGCAGGUGGGCACUUGUGUAACGAGUAGGAAACUAUAGCCUAGUUCAUAGUCUAGCCUGUAGUCCAAUUUAUAGACUUUGCUAGAUUUAUAGAUUUUGCUAGACCGUAGACUAGAAUAUACUAUAAACUAGGCUAUAAGCAUGAUUAUAGACUAU